AUGUUUAAAAACUACAGUAAUUUCGUCAAAUCUUGCAAUUCUUGUAUUGAACAAGUACCUUUUCAAAAACCUAUCCUAGUUAAUGGUGAAGAAGCGAAAAGAACAUAUCUCAGUAUAGUUAAACUUACUGAGACUGAGAGAAACAAGGAACACCUAAAAGAUAAUCCCACAUCAAGCUUGCUGCAGGAAAAAUGUGCUAGUCAUGGACUGUCAGAUAGGCACAUAUCAGAUAAAGAUCUAUUUUUAUCUGUUCAAAAUGACGAUAUUGACACAUUGAAGCAGGCAUUAGAUAACUGUCCCGAUAUGUUAAGCAGAUUGGAUGAAUAUGGUUGGAGUCUACUGAUGAUAGCUUGUCAAGCAAGUAGCACAAACAUUGUUAGAGAAUUACUAAAUAGGGGCAUAGACACUUCUAUUAGAGAUAAGGCAGGUAACUCUGCUCAAAGUCUUGUUAUUAAAAAUAAAAACUAUGUAAUAGCCGAUUUACUUUUGAGUCAUAAAAACAGGGUGGAAGACCAUCAUUAUGAUAAUAUUAAUAAUACUAAACAUCUUGAAGAAAUCACAGAAUUCUUUUGUGAACAAUGCAAUUUUAAAGUGAAUACUAGUAGAAAUGCUCAUUUUUCUUCAACCAUACACAAUUUAAACCUAAGUAAAGGCAAAAAAAUACCAUCUCAUUACAUAAUUCCUGAAACAAAUAAGGGAUUUCAAAUCAUGCUAAAAGUUGGCUGGGAUAAAAAAUCUGGUUUGGGCCCCAAAGGUAUUGGGACAAAGUACCCAAUUAAGACAGUGCAAAAAAAAGACAGAUUAGGUCUUGGUCAUAGGAAAAAAAUAGAUAUUAGAGAAAAAAAUGGAACCAUAAAAGUUACAAAUAAAAAAAUAAUGAUAAAAGAUUCUUCAAAUGACAGAGAAAUGGAAGUUAAUUUCAGAAGACAAUUCUAUUAA